GACCAUGGGCGGGGCGAUGAUCAUGCGCACUUAAUGGCGGCGGCGGCGGCGGAAGCAACCGAAGCAAACCCUAACCCUAAUCCUAGAUCGGAGGGGGAGAGCGCGCCUUGGGUGGAGGUACACCUCUUCCGGCGAGGGAGAGGCCCCGUCGGCGUCUUCCGAUCGCGCCUCGGCGGAGCCGCCGGAGACCGCCUCGACGUCCGCGGCAUCCUCGCCGAGCACGGGCUCCGCUCCCUCUUCGCCUUCCAGGCCCCCUCCCACAGGGGCUUCCCCAUCCGCUUCGCCCCCGCCGAUGGCCGGUCCCGCCUCCCCUUCCGGCCCGGAUCUGUCGUCUUCCUCGACGGGGACCCCAAGGAUUCCUUGGCGAAGCCGAUCGCGGCGAUCGGCUUGGGAGUGGCGGUGCCGGCGCUUUUGAUAGCGCUCAUGGUGAAGGGGGUUCCGGAGGCGUUGAAGAGAUCGAGGUCGGUCGGCGGCGGGCUCUUCCCUCCUUGGAUUCUUGCUUGCAUGCUUGUGCUCUACGUUCGGUCGCGGAGGAGACCGGCAGUUUCCUGAAGUAUGGCUUUCGAGAAUUCGACAAAGCAAAGAUUCCGACCAACUUGAAUUCAACACAAGAUUGGGACUUGAAUAUAAGAACUUAUAUCAGCUGCCACUAUUACACAAACAAGAUAGAAAGCUGGUUUUUGGUAGAUAAUGUCCAACUGAUUGAAGGAUAAUGGGUAUCAGUUAGCCAUAAAAGGAUCAGUAUACUAGGUAAUAAACUUGACUCAAGCCUCAAGCAAUUUUGAUUUAUUCCGCUGAGUAACUAAAAGCUGCAACUAGUUGGGAUUUAUAUGGUGUCAAUUCGGUUUUGUUGGUAUCAUGUCUAUUGAUCUAUAGAUGCCUCCUUAGUCCAUGGCUCCAUUGUGGAAGUAGUACCUGUAUGGUGGAAGCAACAAUAAAUGUCACACCCUGUACCCACUUCAGAAGAUAGUAGGAAAUUAUACACAUAUGAGGACAAGUAUAUUAGUAUUAGUAAUCUGGUCUUGUGUUUUGGUCUACAUGGUUAAUGAGCAGGCCAUCUAAGCUGCUAAUACUAGUAGCUUUUCAGGCUUUACAAAAAUUCUUCCUUCGGUUCGGCUGCAAUUCUAUUUCUUCAUCCAUACCAUGUAUUAGCUUUCUGUCAUGCAAGUAUUCUAGUUUAGCUUUCAAUUGGUCUUUCUUAUAUUGUCAAUACUACACGAUCACUCAAUUCUCUGAUUUGGAGGAAUGAUGUUCAGUAAUGAUCUAACAGAAAAGAUUAACUUUGGAAGCAUAGCGCACAUGUAUCAUUAUUUCAAAAUGUUACUUUUGAUAGUAAUGAGUAUUCUCAACCUACGAGGUUAUUAACUGUUUUUUAACCUAACUUUCCUUGUCGAAUAGUAUGAAGGAACAAAAUAUUUUGGUAUUGGCAACUUAACGGAAGAGUCAAAGUUCUUUACAGGCAAUGUUGGCAUAGUUCAAGCAAUGUAUAUAUAUCAUGAAUGGCAAUCAAAUAUUUGAGAUACAAAAACUGAGUUGGGGCUCUUGCGGAGGGCAUGGGAAUUGGCCGUUACUUCUUUGGUUUGAUAUCUUCAUUUCUCUUCUGUCGUCUAAGUUGAUCAUUGAUGGUGCUUUGUAUUUUUCGUGAAUACGAGUUUCUGUAUGUAUAUAUAUCUAAUACGCCUCUUUAUGUAUUAAACCACAUCACUUUGGGUAUGAGAGAGCAUCAACUUUGUUCCAUUAUGUCUAUAUAUGAGCAUUACUUUUGUGCCCACUCAUGCAUUAGUUGAUUUAUUUUCUUUUUGUGUAAUAAUAACAAGAAGUUGUUCUUUUUCUUUC